GCAUGCAUGCUAAUUACCGUUGGUGGCAGCAUUCAAAAUGGCGGUCUCACUGAAAGUCGUGAACAUUCAUCCGGUAGUUUUAUUUAGCAUUGUAGACUCUUACGAAAGGCGGACAGACGAUGCAGCACGUGUCAUUGGAACUUUACUUGGUACCUGUAUUCAAGGGGUAGUAGAAGUCACAAACUGCUUCUGUGUGCCUCACAAUGAGUCGGAAGAUGAGGUUGCUGUGGACAUGGAGUUUGCCAAGAACAUGUUUGAGUUACAUAAAAAGGUGAACUCAUGGGAGAACAUUGUAGGAUGGUAUGCAACAGGACGUGACAUCACAGGUCAUUCAGUGCUGAUACACGACUACUACUCAAGAGAAUGUCAAAACCCGAUUCACGUCACGGUCGAUACAACGAUGGUAGAUCUUAAUAUGUCAGUCAAGACAUGGGUUAGGCAAAAUAUGGGCGUACCAGACAAGUCACAAGGCACUGUGUUCAUUCCAAUUCCCAUGAAAAUCUCCUUCCAUCAACCAGAGAAAGUAGCAAUGGAUGCGCUUAUAAGGGAGACAGAACCAAACAGAAAAACCAUUGAGUUGACGACUGAUCUUCAGUACGUGUCUAAAGCCUCGGGUAAACUGCAAGAGAUGUUGACAAGAGUGCUCCAAUAUGUUGAUGAUAUCCUGAGUGGAAAGAUUCAAGCCGAUAACCAGAUUGGCCGGUUUCUGAUGAAUCUAGUUUCCAACGUUCCUAAGCUGCAGCCUGAUGAGUUUGAUGAGAUGCUCAAUAACAGUAUGAAGGAUCUUCUGAUGGUAGUCUACCUGUCCGGUCUGAUUGAGACCCAGCUCACUCUCAACGAAAAGCUUACGUUAUCCAAAGCAGCUAAUGCUGUUGCAGUAUAGAGCCCAAACUCCUGUAAUAUAAUAUGGUGUGAGAUUGUAUGUCUGGCGACAAUUCGAGGGUUCAGUGACACAAAGACGCAAAUCCAUAUUUUGCCAAAAUGAGUAUUUGACAUCAAAAUGUUCAGAAAAAUGUGGGCUUGCCAGGAAACGCAAAGACUUAACUCCACCC